UGAGUCCGACUGCCAAGCGGGCUUGGUCAGGUGCUCAGAGAACACACGACGACGUAAACUUUCCCUUGGAAACAUCGUUAAACAUUUUUUUUAAAUUCUACAUAAGAAAAACACACCGAGACCAUGCUUAGACGGAUUCUCCAAAUGACUCCUGGGAAAGGAGGUUCCCAGAACUCUGAGUCUGACCAGCCCAGUUCUGACCUCAACAGUGACCAGACCUCUGAGGGAUUCAUCUGCCCUCAGUGCAUGAAGGCCCACAACUCAGCAGAAGAACUGUUCAAGCACUAUGAGUUGUUCCACGAGGCGGGAGACGCACCCCCACACCUGGGCCCUGGCCGGGAGGACCUCAUGCUGCUUAGACAGGAGCUACAGGAUCUGCAGGCCUCACUCAAGGAGGAGCGUUGGUUCUCUGGGGAGCUUAAGAAGGAGCUGGACAAAGUUCAAGGACAACUGAAGCAAGGGGACGGGCAGCCAGGCUCGGACGACGCAGCCCUGGAGCUGAAGCUGAACGAGGCCGAGACGGAGAAGUUCAACAUCAAACAGAUGAAAGAUCUGUUUGAGCAGAAGGCUGCCCAGCUGGCCACGGAGAUAGUGGAGAUCAAGUCUCGCUAUGACGAGGAGAAGAGCCGGAGAGAAGCUGCCGACCAGAGGCUGGCCAGCCUGACCCAAGACCUGCAGGGAGAGAGGCAGGAGAAGGACAGGCUCCACACAGAACUGCUGCAGCGGCCGGGAGUGGAGGACGUGGAGGUGCUGCAGAGGGAGCUGGUGCAGGUGCAGACGCUGAUGGACAGCACGACGCGCCAGCGCGAGGAGGAGGCGGAGCGCCUGAGAGGCCACUACGAGGAGCUCCAGGCCAGCUACACCACCUCCCAGACCACCAUCUCCCAGCUGAAGGCGGAGCUAGACAAGGGUCCACAGGAGACGGCCGUCUACACCCAGCAGAUCCACCAGCUCCAGAGCUCCCUCAACAACCUGCAGCAGCAGAGCCAGACCCUGUCCGAGAAGGUGCUCCGCCGGGAGAAGGAGAACCAGGAGCUGGAGGAGCGCCUGGCGGCCGAGCAGGGCGCCAAGAAGGCCGCCCAGGCCUCGCUGCGCCAGAGAGAGGCGGAGGCGCAGGGGCGGGCGGCGGCGGGCGAGGCCUCGCUGCAGAGGGCCCAGGCGGAGCUGGGGGAGCGGGGCGAGGAGGCGGCGCGGCUGAGGAGGGAGCUGGGCGAGGUGGAGGCGAGGCACGGGGAGCUGAGGGCGGAGAGGAAGCUUCUGCUGCAGCAGCGGGAGGAGAAGGAGAGCCAGGGAGCUCAGCUGCAGGGCGAGGUGGCACAGCUCCACGCCAGGCUGCUGGAGGCGGAGCGUCAGCUGGGGGAGGCUGACGGCCGGCUGAAGGAGCAGAGGCAGCUCUCUGGGGAGAAGCUGAAGGACCGCGAGCAGCAAGUGGCCGAGCUGCAGCUCAAACUAGCCCGCUCAGAGGAACUGCUGAAAGAGAACACCACUAAGAGCACAGACCUGCAACACCAGCUGGAGAAGGUCAGGCAGCAGAACCAGGAAGUGCAGACACUCCAGCAGACAACCAAUGGGAAGCUGCGAGAGGCCCAGAACGACCUCGAGCAGGUCCUGCGUCAGAUCGGGGACAAGGACCAGAAGACCCAGAACCUGGAGUCUCUGCUGCAGAAGAGCAAGGAGAGCGUGGUGCAGCUGGAGUCCCAGAGGGAAGACCUGUGUGCCCAGAUCCAGGCAGGCCAGGGGGAGACCGCCCUGCUGCACCAGCUGAAGGACAAGAACCACGGACUACAGGAGCAGGUGACCCAGUUGACGGACAAGCUGAAGAACCAAUCGGAAAGCAACAAGCAGGCCCAGGACAACCUCCACAAGGAGGUGCAGGAGCAGAAGGGGCUGCUGCGGGCGUCCCAGGACCGGGCCCAGGCCCUGGACACCGCCCUGGGGGAGACACAGGCCCAGGUGGCCCAGAGCAGGGAGAAGGUGGCCCAGCUGGACACACAGCUGAAGGCCAAGACGGAGAUGCUGCUGUCCGCCGAGGCCUCCAAGACGGCCCAGCGCGCCGACCUCCAGAACCACCUGGAGACGGCCCAGCAUGCACUGCAGGACAAGCAGCAGGAGCUGAGUAAGAGCCAGGUGCUGGUGGAGCAGCAGGGCAGGAGGCUGCAGGAGCGCCAGGAGCAGGGAGCCCAGCUGGAGGCCGGUCUGAAGGAGACCAGGGAGCGGCUCCUGGCCUCGGAGCAGCGCGUGGAGCUGCUGGAGACCCACACCAAGAAAGCGGAAGCUCAGGUGGUGGAGCUGCAGGCGGGGAAGGAGAAGGCUCAGCAGAAGUUGGCCAAGGUCCAGAAGGAGGCGUCAGAGGUCAGGGGGAAGGUGAAGGAGCUGAGCAGUCUGCUCGACACGGAGAAGGCGGGGGCGGCGGCGCUGCAAGAGGAGCUGACGAGGAAGACUUCGUCCCUGGGAGAGAGCAGGCAGGAGCUGGAGCGCUGCGAGCAGGAGAAGGGCGUCCUGAAGGCCCAGCUGGAGCAGCUGGCACAGGAGGGCCAGGCACGGCAGGCAGAGCUGGGCAGGACAGUCCAGGCCUCGACGGCCGAGCUCCAGAAGAGCCAGAAGGAGAUGGAGGCCCAGGGGAAAGAGCUGGCCCAGGCCAAGGACGGCGUGGCCAAGGCCUCCAAGGCUCUGAAGGACAGCCAGAGCCUCCUGGAGAAGGAGAGGAGGAGCACCAAGACUGCCCUGGAGGAGAAGGACAAGGCCCAUGAGCAGGCCAGGCAGGAGAUGCAGAAGAACCUGGAGGCGGCGUCCAGGCAGCUGACAGACCUCCGAGCCCAGCUGGAGAAGGCUAGCGAGGCAGAGGCAGGGCUGAGAUCCCAGUUGUCCGGGGUGACAGAACAGCACGCCAGCACCCAGCAGGCCCUGACGGAGAGGCAGAAACAGACGCAGGAGUUGCAGGCCCGGCUGAAGACGGCCCACGGAGCCCUCUCCCAGGAAAGGACCAAACUGGAAGGCCAAGUGACAGAGCUGCAAGGAGCCAUCGCCAAGAAGACCGAGGAGGGCGCUCUGCUGAGGGAGCAGGUGUCUGGGCUGGGCCAGGAGCUGGGCUCUGAGAAGGCGAGGGCCACGGAGCUGCAGCAAGCCCUGGAGCAGAGCCAGGAGAACCUGGCCUCGGUGCAGUCCCUCUGCUACGGCAAGGAGUCGGAGGCCUCGGCCCUGAGGCAGGACCUUCAGACUGGUGAGAAGAAGCUAGCCCAGUCCCUGGAGGAGUUGGCAGCUAACCGGACCCAGCUGAGCGGCCUGGAGGCCCAGGUCCUGGAGCUGAAGAAGAGCCGGGCCGCCCUGGGCCAGGACCUGGGCCAGAGGGACGAGAGGCUGCUGCAGCAGGGGGAGAGCCUCCAGGAGCUGCAGAAACUGCAGGGGGAGACCCAGGAGCAGCUGAAGGGGGAGAGGGCGCGUGUGGAGGAGCUGAGCCAGGCCAGGAGCUCCCUGGAGAAGGACGCCAGCAGACUGACCUCCGAACUCAAGGCUUUGGGGGAGAGGAGUGAGAAGGAGCUGAGGGAGCUGCGGGAGGCCAAGAAGCUGCUUAUCCAGCAGAAGCUGGAGGCUCAAGGCCAGGUGGAGGCAGCCCAGGCUGCCGUGGAGCAGGAGCAGAGGGACCACCAGGCCACCAGGGGCAGCGUCGAGCAGAGAGAGGAGCAGCUCCGCGCUCAGACCAGGGAGGCGCAGGCUCAACUGGCCUCGCAGCGGCAGGCGCGGGAGGAGCAGGCGCGGCGCGGCGAGGAGGCGGAGGCCAAGCUGGGCUUGCAGGUGACGGCGCUGAACGAGAACGUGGCCACGCUGAAGAGGGAGUGGCAGGGCAGCCAGCGGCGGGUGGGCGAGCUGGAGAAGCAGACCGACGAGCUGAGGGGGGAGAUCGCCGUGCUGGAGGCCACCGUGCAGAACAACCAGGACGAGAGGAGGGCCCUGCUGGAGCGGUGUGUUAAAGGGGAGGGAGAAAUGGAGAAGCUCCAGACCAAGGUGCUGGAGAUGAGGAGAAAGCUGGAUGAUACGACAGCCGCCAUGCAGGAGCUGGGCAGGGAGAACCAGUCGCUGCAGAUAAAGCAGUCCCAGUCCCUAACCAGGAAGUGGGCGGAAGAUCACGAGGUGCAGAAUUGCAUGGCUUGUGGGAAGGGCUUCUCAGUCACUGUCAGGAAGCACCACUGCAGACAUUGUGGGAACAUCUUCUGUGGAGAGUGCUCAGGACGGAACGCCCUCACCCCCUCCUCCAAGAAGCCUGUGAGGGUGUGUGAGAUCUGCUUCGAGGAACUCCAGGGAUGAUGCCACACGCCAUCUCACAACCCCCCGUCCUCCCCAUCCUCCCCUUCCUCACCACACUCCUGAACAGUCUGGUCACAGUGUUUCAUCAUUGUUUUAUGUGCUGGCUGAGGGAUAGUCUGGUGAGCGAGGCUGGGCAGGGGAGCCAGGUUAGGGAGGCUGGGUAGGGGAGCCAGGUUAGCGAGGCUGGGUAGGGGAGCCAGGUUAGCGAGGCGUUAAGUGUAUGUCAGGCAGAGAAGUUAGGGCAGGUUGAAGCAGUGGUCUGAAAGCAAAAAGCAGGUUUUCUGAAAGUCAUUAUGGAUGUUGAGGUGAUGUUCAUUAAAGGAGGGGGAAUUUAGUCCAGUUCAUGACCAAAGAAUGUAUGCAGAGUCUGAGGGUGGAAACUAAACUGGAAACCUUCGUCCUAUUUUUAUUUUAUUUUUAUUGUUGGUAAAUGCUUUUUAUUUUUAGAUUUAAAGGUUCUAAAUUUGAUCAUGAGUUGUCAGAUAUGUGACAGGUAUUUAUUUUUAAUUUUGUUUGCAGCGCAACUCAUAGUUGUACAAAAUGGAAUGACUGUGUUUUUAAGUCAUCUGUGUUCAGAGGGAAUCCUGGAGCUUCUUCUUCGUGUGUUGAGGAGGUGCGCGUCCACCUGUCUUCUUCGUGUGUUGAGGAGGUGCGCGUCCACCUGUCUUCUUCGUGUGUUGAGGAGGUGCACAUCCACCUGUCUUCUUUGUGUGUUGAGGAGGUGCACAUCCACCUGUCUUCUUCGUGUGUUGAGGAGGUGCACGUCCACCUGUCUCCGUGCAACAUAGUGACCAUGCCUGGAGCUGUCUGCACUCUGCUUCAAAGCAAUAACUGUGUGUGUGUGUGUGUGUGUGUAUAUAUAUAUAUAUAUUGUGUGUGUGUAUAUAUAUAUAUAUAUAUAUAUAUAUAUAUAUGUGUAUGCAAGUGUGAGAGAAUGGCUUGUGUGUGCUGCUCAAACGUAGGAGAUGUCUGUUCUGAUGCAGGGCAGUUGGGUUCAACUGUCUCCGACCUGUAAAAUAUAUCACUGACAACACUGUACAAAUGAAUUUCUCGUGAUCUUGUACUACCUGCUGUCAAACUGUCAGCUUCAGAGCAAACAAGGCGUGCAAUCGAAUAAGGUGUACUGUAGUUAUGGCAACGCUGGCGCUAGUUUCGAGAGGGAUGGGGGGGGGGGGGGGGGGUCGCUGUGGCGUCUCUGCCAGUGUGUGCAUUCAACAAACAGGCGGUCACGAACAUAAUUGUGGGCUGCCACUGCCCAUCCGGGUUCACUUCUAGUCCUACCUCAGACUGUCACUGAAGCAGCGCUGGUAAGCCUGAAGGAUAAUGCCAGUCUUCUGUCCCUGCCCUGUCAAACCUGGCAGAGGAAGAGCUUCCUGGAGUAUUAUGACAUGGGAGGGAACACACGUCAGAGCCAACCUGUGUCGACCAAUCCUGGACCUCGGAAUGACGCUGGCGGACCAAUUAGGCGCGCUCGUCUCAGACCAGUGCCGACCAGUCACAGAGCUCGUCUCUGUUUGUGCCAUAAGGGAUAAAGGUGAACAGACACAGCACCACUGUCCACUAGUCUGUGCACUGCAUCUUCACGACAUGUGGCUUCUAUCCCACUCACCUAAAAACAAGGCUCUUGUAAUUCAUGUUUUUAACUGUAAGAAAAUAUGUAUGAGAUGUGUAAACCCUUGUGCGUAAAUGUUGACAGCAAACGUACAAAAAAAAACAAAAAAACUAAUGUCUUACAACUUUAAGGAACAACACCAUACGACACUAAAUUGUGGCUUGUUUCACUUUU